CACUUUCUUGUGGUUUGGACUUGUUGGUAAGCAAACGACUACAGUUGGCCUGGCGCGAUCAGUUAAAGGCGGAUCGUGCUUGUGUUAAGACGUCUUCAAGCGAACAUUGCAAGUGUUCACUGCCGUAUGCUAUCAAAAGUAAAAGAAACUCCGGUCCGUGUCAAAAACUAAAAUUUUAUUAGAAAAAAGUGUGAAAGUGAUUUUCAAAUGUUCCACAAUAUUCGGCGCAACUUACUUGUGAUUUUCGAAAUCUAAGCGUUUUCGGAAUUACUCGCUCGUUUCGUGCGUUGAUUGGCACUGCGCUAUACAGAUCAUCGAGUGUAUGUCUGCGCAUGAGUGCGUGUUGUUUAUUCAUUUGAACGCCGCUUGCCGUUAAUACAUUGCUUACUGCAAUUUCGCUGCUCCACUGCAACGCUUUGGCUACGGUAUUCGCUGCAAGUGUGAGCGCUUGUACGGCUGCGUGUGGAUUAAGCUGCUGCGCCGCUGCUGCUGCUGCUGCUGCUGGUGUGUAACGAGACGCGCCGAUGAAGUGAAGCAUGGAGUUUGGCAGUGAUUGUGAGCAAACAUGAACGUCUACCACUCAUCUAUAGACACGAGAUUUUGAACUAAAGCAAAGGGAAACCGAAUUAAAAACACAUACAUUUAGUCGAUCAGUGAAGCACAUACACGCACAUCAACUAUUAAAACACACAACGACAUUUUCUAGCUUAGGUUAUGAGCUGCAAAGUGGAGCGACACAGCAGUGCAACGCUGCAGAUGGCCACAGCGACAGCCACAGCCACAGCUACCACAACGGUUAUGACGCUCAACAAAAGCCGAAAAUCUCACAAAGGCACAAAUUCCUCGCUGGCCGGCAGAAUGUCGACGAGGAGAACCACAAGUUGGCCGCUUUCCACAGCCACGAUGCAGCACAGCUUCAGCCCGGCGCACUCGCUCCGCUGGCUGGGCGUGCUGGCACUGCAGCUGCUGCUGUUGGCAACACGUAAUAUCGAAUGUCGACAAGACAUGUACGCAGGUCCAUCUAUUUCACAAAUAUCCCCAAAAUCCAGUAGUCAUAUGAUGUCUGGGGUUCCUCUGCUUUUGCACACUUCCCCGAAAUUAGUGCUCGAGAGUACGAUUACUGAUACAAAUACUCGUAAUGUUGCUGCGGGUUUACUAACACGUGACGGCGACAUUGAUCGUGAUGACAAUGAAACACGCCAGCACAUACGCAUGAAACGUUCUGCACAACCGAUAUUGAAUGAAAACUAUCCAAAAUCUGGGCCAAAUGAUGUGCAUUUCCCCAGCGAUACGGAGAAAGAAGCUAGCGCUGGUCAUUACUUCCAAUACAAUAUUAAACCGACAAGUACACUCAAUGAUGGCACCUCAGAAACGCCGGAGCGGACACAAGGCGCUCGCGUUGGCAAAACAUUGAAGCCUUCUUUUAAUGGCAUUGCGUCUACGCUCUUGCCAGCCACAACUUUAGUAUCGGAGUCUUUUUUAGCGAAAGGGGGCCUGCGACCGUUUACGUCGGGGUCCCCGAUCAACCCGACGCGCAGUACUGCCAUAUCGACGGCGGCCACUGCCACGGCUUUGCCGCAUAAUCCACGUCAAAACUCUAAUCCGGAUAUACAGGAUAUAAUAACUGGUAUUGUUAAGCUACUGAAUGGCAAUGUUAACGUUCAUGCUAAUACACAAGGACUUCGGCGACCAUCUGCUAGUCGUAUUAAUAAUCGUGGACCACCUCGUAUAUCCGAUGUGCAGACAUUACCGAUAGAUUAUGAUACGCAAAAGAAACCAUUAGGCUCAUCUAUUCGUCCUCCGCCAUAUACAGGGCCAUUCGAUCGGCCGGAGCGGCCAUUUAUUACAGGUGUACCGAUUCCAGAGCAAAUUGUCCCAUUGAGGCCAGGAUUUAUUAGUCAACGUCCGCCAUGGCAUCGACAGAAACCACGACCUCCAAUCACUACUGCUAUUGGGGGUAGACGUCCGAUACCGCAAUAUAAGCCAAUGCCGAAUACACAAUUAUCGCCUCCUGUCGCUGAGGAGUCUGCUGCCCCUGUCAAAGACAUGCCUGAGAUGACAUCAUCCCAGCACUCAGGAGAAAUGGAAAUUUCCGUCCCUCCAGACUAUAACGAUGCAAAUGGUGAUGUGCCUAAACCAACUGACGCCACAUACGAUUCAGAGUUUUCUAAUGAGGACACAAAUUCCCAAUAUAUUGAGGUAUCUGAUCAGGACUCCAAUGAAACUGCUGAUCAAGGUCCUAUGACGGUUGAAAAAGACGAAUUUGAAGAGGAAGAGACAGCGCCAAUGCCACCAUCCCCGCCGCCUGCAAAGAAAGAUGAGCAAAGCAGUAAGAAGAAACCCAGUAAACAUAAGGGCGCCGACAAGAAGAAGCACACUCCAGAAGAUUUUGCAGCAAUAAUCGAAACCAACUCCGCUGUACAUACUGAGUCUUCAACAUAUGCACCAAUGCCAAUGGAGAUUAGCGAAGGUGCCAUAAUUGAUCCAUCUACAGAAGAGGUUAUUUUCAUGACACCUAGUAAAACACCAACACUUGAGAUCAGCUCCGAACUGGAUGAUACAAGUUCAUCUACUGAAAUAAUAACUCAAAACUCCAUUAUCACGACAGCAUUACCAAAUACUAUUCAGAGCCCGGUUAUGCUGAGCCCAUCAAGCAGUACUGAACUGUUGGCGACCAUUCCACCUGCUUCAACUAAUACCACUCCCAAACCACUUUCCACCACUACUACUGCCAGACUAUCAACUACGACAUCUUCUACCUUCACCUCUGUCGCCCCGCCCGUGACGACCCCUACUAACACCCUCCCCACGCCAAUGCCUCAACCUCCAUCUGACUAUCAACCACGACCAGGUAUAGUUCUUGAUGAUCCAGAAUUCAAACCGGGUGGACGACCGCGGCCUCCACGACCAAUUCAAUCCCGUCCCGGUGAUGUGCAACAACAACCACCAUAUAAUAUUCAACCAACACGACAGCAUUUGCCUCCUGGCUAUGGGGAAAUAUUUGACGUAACUCUAUCGGCCAUUCAAGGUCCUGGGUCCGUAGGUGGUUCGCAGCAGACGAUUAAUAUUAAACCAUAUGGAACUUACGGCAACAGUGGUGGACAACAAGGCGAUAUAAUACUAUCUGCUGCAGGUGAUGAUGGUUUUGUUUCAAUCGAUGGUAAGCGCACUUACAUCAAUCUCUUUGGUGAACCAACAGAUCCACCCGUAGGCGUACCAACUACGCCGGCGACGGCAGUACCACAACUACCUGGAAGUGGUGUUACUGUGGGAAGUGGUGCUGGUAAUGGUAAUGGUAUUGAUGGCAGUGGAAAUGUUGGAUCCGGUGCAGGUAAUGCAGUUACUCAGAACAACUUACCCAGUCUAGGAUCAGGAUAUGGUAUACCCGAAACAGAGGUUGUAGAUUUGGAGCCCACAAAGCCCAAUAACGCAAAACCACAAUCGUCUACUACUAAUUCUGGACCAACGAGACCUCACUAUCGUUCGCGACCAACACAACCACCUGUGCGCAUCGACACUUGCAUUGUGGGUGAUGAUUCGACCUGCGAUCAAGCACAACAUGAACGUUGCAAGACCGAGAAUGGUGUAUCUAGCUGUCAUUGCAGACCCGGAUAUUCGCGUCGCAAGCAUCGAGAACCCUGCAGGAAGGUUAUAUCUUUUUAUCUGGGCAUGCGUGUGGACCGUAUUUAUGAGCAUCGCAUUGUGUGGGAUAAUAAACUUUUGGAUAAACAUAGCGAGCCCUAUGGACAACUGAGCUACGAGUCGAUUAGAGCAAUUGAUUCGGCCAUGUCGAUGACCCCCUAUUCGGAUGAGUUCAUGGAUGCACGAGUUAACAAUAUUUACCGUGGUGAUCCAAAUCUGGGUGGCAGCGCUGUCUUUGUGAACAUGACCAUCAAACUUGACGAAAGUGUGGAAACUUUGCGACCAAAUCUACGCGCUGAUGUUCAAAAACAUUUGUUGGGCGUACUGCACCGACGAAACAAUAAUAUUGGUAACUCUGUUCUAUACGUGUCUUCGCCGGAGGGCUCCAUAACGGCCUUACACGACCUGGAUGAAUGUCAGUCCCGCGAGUUAAAUGAUUGUCAUGCGAGUGCGUUAUGUUCUAACUCAUGGGGAAGUUUCCGUUGUGCUUGCGAAGUAGGUCUCCGUGAUCCAUGGGCCGAUCAACCACAGCGCGCUGGUCGCGACUGUCAAUCUUGUCCGGACUCAUACUGUAACAAUCGUGGAACUUGCAGUUACAAUGAAGAAGGAAAUCAAGUUUGUGCUUGCGAUUCUAGCCAUUAUGGCGCACAAUGUGAGAUCGACGGGGAAGUUUUGGGUGUAGCCAUUGGAGCUUCCUUGGCAGCCGUUGUUAUUAUUGUGUUGACUUUGGUCUGCCUAAUAAUGUGGUCCCGUCGUUGGCAACGUGAACAAAAGAACGCUAUUGGUUCGCCAGUCUUUGGUUACAUGAAUACGGCUCCAAUGAAAUCCGCUGGCCUUCCGGGACAACCAGGCUACCAAGUGACAUUGGAGGACCGUAUGCGUUGGGCACAGAUCGCUGAUGUAAUGGCACAAACAAACCAUUACGGGGUAAGUCCGAUUGCCGAACCAGUGGGACCCACACGCCCAUCGUCGGCAAUGUUCGCUUAUCCGAAUCUACAAUCUAUGGGUAUGGGCACUAUGGGAGGCAUGUCGAUGCAGGGCACCAUGCAAAUGCAUCAGGCUGGCAGUAUGGCUCCACCAGUUCCUCUGCCACGGUAUGAGUGUGUAUACCCCUCAGACAAUUCCUCAAAUACGAAUAAAAAAAGACUGGGGUUGAGUGCACGAUCGAAUGGCAUGCGAACUUUGGAGAAUUCCAGCUCAAGUGAGGAAGAGGAUCGAGCUGAUUUGCUUGGCCGAAACUUUCAAGUUCCGCGACCAAAGAGUAGAAGUAAUGGAAGCAUAGCGAAUCAGUCGGGCAUCUACUAUGACGUAGAUUACGAGCCAUCAGGCAAUGGCAUCGGUAACACGAGUGUAGAUCAUUUGUAUGGUUCACAAAAUCAAUCAUCCUCUCACUCACACACGCACUCUCACUCACACAGUGGCAACAAUCACAUACCGGGACCACAAGGCAUACCAAUGAGCACCUACACAUCCGGACGAGCUCCAAGUAGUUACUACAUGAAAUAAUUCCGUUAUCGUUUAAAUACUACGUAUAACAACUAGUAUGUAUGUAUAAUGUUAGUAUGUAUGAAUAUGCCUGCUUGUAGUAAUGCAUUCGAAAGUCGUCUCGAACGCUUUGGUUGAAUUUUGAACUUUCAAAAACGGAGGGUCACUUCAAUUCUUGUAAUAUGCCUUAAGAACUAGUCGUUAAGAGAAUAUGUAGCUGUAAAUAAGAAUUAAUGAAAUAAAACGAUACUAUUAAUUUAUUGUAUUUAAAAUCAUUCCUAAGUAAGUCAAAGUAACUGUUAGUUAAGUCCCAUUUUUAGUUAAGCUAAGCCUAUUUAUCGCUCCUAUACUAACUUCGGCUAACUUCGGCUCAAGCACGCACGUGUAAGGCAAUAUCUUGCAGAAUGCAAUCUUUUUUAAUAACUUUCGAAUUUGUUUAUAAAAUACUACAUACCAUACAUAAUUGUUUUAAAUUUAAGUAAUUGUAAAAACUCAGUGUACAUACGUAUAUACUUAUUUUAAACAAAUGUAAUAAAUUUAAUAGAGACCAAAAAUAUGCGACAAUAAGUUUCAUUUUGACAUAUGCAGAUACUGACAACCUGGCCAUCACUGACAGGGCCGUAGAGAGAAAACUGAGGCACCGGAAUGACUGUAGCGAACUGUUGCAGAAGAAAAUCUGCAAAACAUUAUAGUAGAGCAGCGGGCCCGAGAGGAAUUGUCGCCGAGCUGCCCCCUUUCUGCUUGACUCCUUACUUACCUUCUUCGAGGGGAGGUGAUACAAAUGAUGUGGAGGAUUUGUGGCAAUUUUUUUUCAGGUUGGCAGCAUCAAGGAUACUUUUACCGAAAUUAGUUGUAUUGCUUUAAUUUCAAUUCCACUAAGUCGAUUUGCAACCAGCAUUAGGGAUGUGAAUUAAAAAAUAAGAAACAACAAUUCCAUUUAAUGCAAUGUCUUACC